AUGGUUAAAUUAUUUUUAUUUUCACUUAUUUUAUGCAUAUUUAAAAUUAUAUCAUCUGAUGUCUUUGAUCAAUUAACAAGAGAAGGCAAAAGUUUGUUUGACAGUUCUAUAAUAAAAGGAGAAUUUACAAGACAAUGUAUGUGCCAAGAGCAACGUGAAUGUUAUACUAUUAUGAAAAAACAAGCUCGUGAAUGUAUUGAUGAAUGUUGGAAUGGUUUUAUAAAAAUAACAAAAAGACCUGAUGAUUUAAAAAAAUGUUUCAGUUCAAAAGAUAAUAUGUUAGAUGGAUUACUUGAUUGUUUUGAACAUAAUAUUAAAAGUUGUUCAUUAAAAUUAAAUACAACAUUAAUACCUAAAUAUAAUAUAACAGAAAUUUUCCGUUUAGGUGUAUUAAAAGUUGAAAAAUCUAAAACAGAAUUAAGUAAUACUGUUAAUUUAAUGGCUCCAAUACAACAUAUUAUUGAUACAGCUGGUGAAGUUGCAUUAUGUGCAAAAAAUUGUUUUAUUAGAAAAAAUACUCCAAAAUAUUGUUUUGAUGUUAAGGAAUGUCAACCACAUAUUCAGGAACAUCAUGCUAAAAGAACUUUACGUAGAUGUACAAGAGCAAUUAAUUGGAAAGAGGAAGCAGGUUCAGCUUGUGAAUGUUCUGUUAAAGCUGGUUUAAAUGAUUUAGAACAAUAUUGUCCUAUGUUUAAAUUAAUGGCUUCAAAAGCUAUAAGACGAUCAAAAAACUAA